AUGCCAACACCAAUACCGCUAACGAAAGCCAAGAAUCCGCCGCCACUGCCCCAUGAGAUGCACAACAACAUCAGCAGCCAGUAUGGUAGCAGUGCGGCGCUCAGCAAUCAUCAACCUCAUCAGCAUCCGCAUACGCAUCCACAUCCCCAGCAGCAUCAGCAUCAGCAGCAGCAACAUUCAAACACAAAAACGCCCAACAACACGAACAACAGCAACACACAACAAGCAACACCAACAACGGGAACGGGAGCAGCAACAACUGCUAGCAAACAACAACAGCAACCGGGAAACACCAGCAACACACCAACGAAGGCGUCGCGUGAGGCAACACCCAUAAGGGAGCAGCAUCAGCAGCAUGCCACGCCCACACGCGAACACCAGCAACAAACGCCCACGCGACAGCAGCAACUGCAACGCGAACAGCAGCAGCAACACCAUCGCGAUAGGCAGCAACAUUUUCGCGAGCAACGCGAACAACGCGAGCGGGAGUACCAACACGAGCAUGAACACGAACACCACCACCAACACCAACACCAUCACCAUCGUGAACACCACGAGCAACACCAACACCAGCAUCCACACCAACAAACACACCAACACCACCACCAGCAUCAUCAUCAAUAUUCAUCCGGAUCACAGCAGCAACACCAACGCUACAGCAGCAGCAACAACUACAAAUCUCAUAAUAAUUCCGUUUACCAGUAAGGAGAAACCGAAUGCAAUUCCAGCAAUUGGAGCAACAAUAACAAUUUUUUGGAUACAUUCUUUCAAAACUGCUACAGCAAUUCGAUCAGUAAACAGUUUAAUUGUGCUACCUUUGUUCAAACAACCGCAAAAUCCUCGCCCCUCAUGCACGCCUCUUUCUACACUGAACACAACGCGCUUGACAGAAUAUACGAAAUUUACCCCAAAAAUUACCUGGCUACAUCCGAAUACUAUUGAGUUAAAUGGCUCACCAUAUAUCGCUUGACUAGGCCCUUCUAGAAAUGUGUUAAUUUGUUGUAGCUGAAGAGAUGCUCUGACCAAAAAAAAAUAUACAUAUGAUUUAAGUAUGUUAAGUCUAUAAGGCUUAAACCAGUAAAAACAAAUAUUUGUUCUUAUUGAAUUUUAUUUGUAAUAUUAAAACCGUUUCUGGAAUAUCAAAUGCAAAAUUUUAACACUGCCAAGGUUAAAGAAAAAUGUUGAAAAUAAAAUAAAACAAUAAAAUACGAGCAUCUCUGUCCAACUUGGCUUUCCGUUCUAUAAACAUAGUGUAGUAUAUGGCUCCCCCAGAAAACUGUCUUUAUAUCUAUUGAAACCAAGAACCACUCCGAUCCCCGAACUAGAAUAACCAGAGAGAAGACCUAUCCAGACCUUAGGUAUCCUGAUCCUAAGACCCUCUAUUGAACCACGAACCACGCGCUAGUCGAAAAAUGUGUAAAUCUGUGUAAACUCUAAAACAUAUUAUUGUAUGAUUAUUAUUAUUAUACUAUUGAUUAUCAAGAUUAUCAAGCGAGCAACGUAGCUUAGACCGUUAGUCAUUACUUGUUUGAACUAGUGACAAGACAAGUUUAGGUUCACAAAUUACUGUAAGAGCAAUGUUAUUUGAUGAUAAACCCACAAAAGCCCCCAAGAAAAGCAACCACAACCGAAUAAGGCAUACACUAAGAAAAUCAAGAGCUUAAAAUGUUAAAAAUGAACAAGUAAAAUAUCUAAAAAUCCCCUAAACAGUAAGCAAAAAAAAGUCGAUGCAGAGAAAAAAUGAUGAAACAAGAUUUAAUGCACAGGCACUGUAAAAUGUAAAAAUAACCAGCAAACUAGUAACGAAUUGUCGCUUUUGUUAGAUUCAAACACACACUAACACACACGAAUACACGCAUGCACGGCACACACACCAGUACACACACGCAUGCAUAUUGCCAAAUUGAUUGUAUUUACAGCAGCUAAUUGAACAAACGCAAACAAAAAUCAACAACAAACAAAAAUGAAGCCCACCUAAGCAAAAGAUAAUUUGUAAAAAUUAAAAAAUAAUCUUAAAAUUAAAUCACCAAAAUGUAAAAAGCUAUGAAUAUAUAUAAAACGAAGCAAGCAGUAGCUAUGGCCACAAAAACACUCACACAACACUCAAAAACACUGACAACAGCACCCACUCAGAAAUACUUAGCCCAAAAAGCGCAUCAAUUCUAAAUUUUAACCAAGAUAUCAAAUUAUAUACCCGCAGUGUUGUUAGGUUAAUCGGCAUUUUCGACGACUGAAAUUCUAUCAUAUUUCGAACACAUUUAAUUAUCGACAACCUUUACAGUUCUACGAUUAAAUCGAUUAAUUCGAUCAAUCUGACAACACCGCAAGGCAUAUCCCUGUUAUUAGUACAACUUAAACUGCACACUGCACAAUUUUUGAAUGUUUGUUAAAUGUUUUGAGGAGCAAAAGGCCCGACGACACCAGGAAAAUCCGCUGCAAAAUUGUAUUCUCCUCACCAACUAACUAGGGAAGAAGGACCCUCGCACCCCAAAAACAAACCGAUCCCCAAAAACGCAACUCCAACCCAGAAAAAAUGGUAAACGAAUUAUGAUACUGCUAGGGCAGAAGGACAUCUACGUCUGCUCUGCCACUAAAAAGAAAAAUGCAAAAAUAACAUUUACGCUGUAGAGACAAGAAGAAAUUAACGCUUAAAAUUUGAGGUUGAUUGGCAUUAAGUAAAAGUUAAACGAUGUUGAAGCAGGAAGAGCCGAGCCGACAGGGCGCGAUCACGAGCAAGUAAAUUAAAUUAUAUAACAACUUUACAACUUUAAACGGGCACGACGAACAACCAGCAAGUGCUUACUAUAACUUCAUACGUAUUGUGUAAAAUAUUAGCAAUGAAAAAAAUCCUUUUUAUAGAUCAAAAACAAAACAAAACAAAAAACCAACGUAUUUUUCGCUCUCUAUCCUUCACUUUCGAUUAAACGAUCUACCUAUAUCUGUCAUUCACUCAAUCAACCAAUCAAUCAGUCAGUCGUUCAGUCAAUCGUUUCGGCAAAUUUGUUGAUUUCGUUUGUUGUGUGUGAUAGUGUUUGGAAUAUGAAAUGAAACUUUUGCAUGUCACAAGAGCAAUUUGUUCGCCCCUAAGUCCCCAAGAAAGUUAACUUUGUGUCUAAUGAUCUAAUGAUAUGUAUAGGGCAUGGAUCCUAUGCCGGGCUUGUUUUAAUCAUCUCCAAAAAUCAAAUCUCCAAAUGGAAAACUAAUUCUCUGCUUAACUCUCUCUUAUUAACUCUCUUUAUGUAUGUGUCGUCUGUGUGGAAAUUGAAUACAUAUACAAAAUUAUUACAAUUGAAAUUGAAAUUGAAUCCGUUAUAUGAGGUAUUGUACUUGUAUUUUUGUUGACUAUUAUGUAAUUAAACGCUUUACUGAAUAUCAGUUAUGUACAUUUUUUAGCUGAAACUAAAAAUUAAAAACCAAAUUCAAGCAAAAAAGCUUAUGCUGUUACUUAUUGUUAGUGAAUUUACCACAAAAACAAACAAAACAAAAAAUGAAAACAAAAAUCGAGAAACCAAAAACAAAAAAGUUGAAUUUUCAAAAAUUUAUAGAUACAAAAAGAAAUCAUUUUGCAACGUUCUUGCGUGAAAAAAGAAAAUAUCAAGGGGAUUGCCUUGUGGACGCACUUACGCCUUUGUAUAUUGCGAUACAUUUUGAUGAGAAGGCUUAUCUUAAACUUUGAGAACUACCAGAUAAAUAUCUAUUUAAUAUAACGUAUACAUGCAUACAAGCAACAUAUAAACAUAUACCGUAUAUAAAACGUAUGCUAAACUAUAUCUAAAUUGUAAACGACAAUGAGAAGCAAUUUUAAGCAAAAUGAAGAAAACCAUUUCAAUUUCAACUUCAAUACCCCCACAUGCAAAAACACACACGGAUGAUGUAAACCAUUUAUGUGAAUUAAUAUGUAUAGAACUAUAUUGUAUAACUAUGAAUACAAACAGCAACAAGGCUAUCUAUAUGCUAUGCUAAUGAAAGGGUAAACGGCAUUUAAACUCAUUCAACCAAAAAACCAACAACAGAAACCGCAUCACACGGAAAUGAAAGAAAUGAAAGCUUAUAAAUACCAUAUAGAACCGUAUAUGUAUCAUACCAUAUAGAUCCACCACAACCAUGUACCACGUAAAUAUCGUAUCGUAAAUAGCAAUAGCAAUAGCAGUUAGUUAUAGUCAAUAUGGAUAGCUAAACUACCGAAUAGCAAAGCCUCAGCCGAAGCAAACUUGUUGUACGAUUAAGAUUGAGCUAGACUUUUAACCAGAGAUAAUCCAACUUGUAGAUAUAUCGAUAUAUCACAUAUAAAUAUAUAUGUAUGAUUGUGUAUAUUACCGGAUAACAAAAGAACUCUUAUGAUUUCCAGGUCUCGCUUUUGAGUUGAUCCUUAUUAAGAAACCCCCCAACUAAUAUAUAUCAAGUCCCCAAAAUCCUUUAAUCAAUUCAGACCAGACCACAAGAACAACCAACAACCAACUACAACAAAAACAAA